AUGGCGGAUUCCUUGCUUUCCUCCAUCGCAACCUUUCAUACGACGAAGAUCAUCGUCACUGACCCCACUAAGUUUUCGUACAUCGGCUCAAUUCCAGAAACCAUGCUCGGUUGUAUCUCUGCAGCCACUGAUAAACUAGCCAAAAGGGGCAAGAAACCUGAAUCACAAAAGGAGGGUCCUGUAACAAAACCAUCUAAGGGGCAGACUCCCAAGAAGAGGAAAACUGAUAAAUCUGCUCCUUCUCCACCUCAACCUAAAAAGCAGAGGAAGCCUGCUAGGAAACUUAUUCUUCAAUCCUCAAGCAGUUCGGAUUCAGAAUAUGUUCCUCUUACGCAGAAGAACGCUCCAUCUUUAGACGCUGAUAACGAAAGUUCUGAUGAAGAGGUUUCGGGUCGAGGCGUCACUCCACCUCGCUCCCCUACUCCAGAAAUUUCGGUUCGUUCUCUGCCUCCUUCACCUCCACCUAUUACUAUUUCUGCUUCUAUCCCUCCUAUCUCUCAAAUAACCACCUCUCAACCCUUCACUUCAAUACCUAUUCCCACUCCCAUUUUCACCGACACAACCUCUAUCACCACUAUAAAACCUACCUUCACUAUUCCCAUACCACCAGCUGCAACUGCCAAGAAUGCUGCUACAGUUACUUCUUCUGUAGAAACUCUUCAACAGACUCUUCAGUCUGAAUGCUCGAAGGUUGAAGCAGCACGCCUUGCUAUUCAACAGGCGAAUGAAGUGUUCCAUGCUAAUGUCAACGAACGCUUAUCUCAACUUCAAGAGGACUUAGCUAUGAAAAACGGUGUAAUGGAUGAGCUUGCCAGACGCACAAAUCAGCUUAAAUUGCAAACUCACAAGCUAAAAACUACUCAUGCUGAGAUUGAUGACCUCAAUUCAGAGAGGGAGGUAAUAAGGAGUUAUGCUACAGACAUUCACUCCAUCCUUCUUUAUCUAAUUGAAGGUCAUGAUCCCCUUGUCACUAUAACCACCCAAAGGCAUUUAGCAGAAAAGCUCCGACCGACACUGGACAUCCUCAGUAGUAUCGAGGGUGUUCCCGUGACUGGUGUCCAACCGCAACAAGGGGGAGAGAAAGAGUUGAAGCAAGAAAGGCAAGAAACAAAUCAACCUCCUACUUCUUCCUCCAAGCCUGUUGCUGAACCGAAGGGUGAAGAUGAUACCGACAGCGAAGAAGAUGAUGUCUACGUUGAAAUCCCCAGGAAGCCUGUCCCAAAGGUUGAUUCUUCAGAAAAACGAACUGAAGAAAUGUCUAUGAAGGAGAAGGCUGAGCUUGAACAGAAGCGAAAGGAGGCGGAGCUCCUUGAAAAGAAAAAGGCCAUGUUCCCUGAAUGGACUAAAGAAUCGCUUCAGAGGUGUGCGAUUGACGAGCCAGCUACCCUAUGGCUUGAGCCUAUAAUGUCAUUUAGACGUGACAACUCCAGUGAUGAGCAGUUCGAUAUGCCAAUCACUAGAAAGGCAUUCGUCUUCCACUGUUUCAACUCCACUGCUGCCAUUCCAUCUCCAGACCCGAAGAAAUUGAAGAUAAAGGUUGAAGUCAAGAACGAAGAGAAGAUUGAAAAGAAAAGAAAGCUACAAACCCAGGGGGGAGAUUUUUAG